UACUGCCCGUGCGACCCGGCAUAUCGACGAACAGUCAAUUCAACGCGCCUACUCGCCACUGGCCAGUGUGCCCGCUUGUCUGGUUAUCCGCAGCCCUUUGAUGGUCUGCUCACUCGUUCGCCGGCAUUUACCCACUCGCUCGCUCUGCCUAUCUACAUACUCGCCUGCCCCUUCCUCACUCAUAUGGACGUCUUCUUGCCUGCAGCAUUGUUUGCCCUCCCGCCUGCCUCUUCGCUCGACCACCCGGCACUUAUUGACUUCCCGAUCAUAGGUCUACUCUGUCUGCACAACCAUCGUCUCCCCCCCGUCACGUCCCCGCCACACCCGUCGCGUCCAAAUCUGCUCGUCCGCGCGCGCCUCCUGUCAUCCCCGAUACAACACUGCCUAAUCCGGUCCGUCUCGCCAUCCCAAAAAUGGAUGGUGACCGCUCGCCACCCUCCGUCCUCGACACUUUUCCUACCGCCCUGACGCCGUCUCCGACCGUCAACUCGCUCCUGAGUCCUGGCUUCUACCUAGCGUCUCUUCUCACUCUGUUCGUCGUCCCGUCGCAGUCUCAUGUCCCCGCGCCCUGCCCGCCAGCAGCCACGAUGCGCCACUCACUCGCCCGCCCGCCUGCUGCCUGUCGAGUCUAUCACUCCACUUACUCCCUGGCUUGCCCGUCCAAUCUCCGGCCUACUCAUGCACUUAUCUGUCCACCUGCCCACGUAUUGGCAUGCCCGCCUACAUGCUUGCCUACCCUACCCGCCCGCGUAUUGACCUGACCACGCGCCCGCAUAUCCGCUACCGCCCGCGCGCCCGCACACUCAUCUUUGUGUCCCCUAUAUGUACUAACCCGGCGCCCAUUAACUUCACUCAUG